AUGGCGUGGCUUUGUGAUCCUCCAUUGCUAAUCGUGUGGGCAGUUGCGCUUUUUCUCCUUCAAGUAACCAAUGGUGCUGAGAUUUUUCUCGAAUGGCAUGUCGCGAUUAACACCACAAUCAAGCCAGUGUCCGUGGACCAACCGGUUAUUACCAUCAAUGGGAUGUUCCCUGGACCCCUUAUCAAUGCAACGACCAAUGAUAACAUCCAUGUCAACCUGUUCAAUAAUAUGGAUGAACCCCUGCUGAUAACAUGGAACGGCAUACAACAAAGGUUGAACUCGUGGCAGGAUGGAGUGUCUGGCACAAACUGCCCAAUCCAACCUGGGAAGAACUGGACAUAUGUGUUCCAGACCAAGGACCAAAUCGGAAGCUUCUUCUAUUUUCCCUCCAUCAACUUCCAUAAAGCUGGAGGUGGGUUCGGGCCAAUUCGAGUUAACAAUCGCCAAGUCAUCCAAGUACCAUUUCCCAAACCUGAAGCUGAGUUUGAUCUUCUCAUUGGGGAUUGGUAUCAAACAAGUUUCAAGGAUUUGAGGUCCAUGAUGAAGACCAAUCGUGUGGCCUAUGAGAGUCCCCCUGAUAGGAUGCUGAUGAAUGGCAAAGGUUCAUAUUUGGACCCUCUUGCACCAACCCAUGAAUCUUUUACCGUCACACAAGGGAAGACUUACAGGUUUAGGAUAUCGAAUGUGGGAAUCGCGUGGAGUUUCAAUUUCAGGAUUCAAAAUCAUCGAAUGGUGCUGGUUGAAACAGAAGGAUCAUACACCAAACAGAUAACGUUGGAUUCUCUGGACGUGCAUGUUGGACAGUCCUACUCUGUUCUUGUCACGGCCGAUGGAAGCCCCGCAGAUUAUUACAUUGUGGCAACUCCUAAAGAGUAUGAUGCCAAAGAAUCAAACGGGGUUGUGGCCGUUGGUGUGCUACAUUAUGUUAGCUCUACCACACCUGCAAGUGGGCCUCUUCCAAGUGGCCCUGAUCCAUUCGAUCUUCAUUUCUCCAUCAAUCAAGCUAAAUCCAUUAGAUGGAACAUGACCGCAGGCGCAGCGAGGCCCAACCCACAAGGAACUUUCAACGUAACAAAUGUAACUCUGUCGCAGACCUUCGUUCUACGUGCAUCAACUGCAGUGAUUGACGGUGCUCCUCGCUACACCGUUAACAAUAUCUCCUACCUGACACCCGAUACGCCACUCAAAUUGGCCGAUCACUUCCUCAAUGGGUCUGGGGUUUACGUACUCGACGAAUUUUCAACUAAUUCUACCAAUCUUGAAUCCAUGGGAGUUUUUUUUGCAAGUGGGAAGCACAAAGGUUGGAUAGAACUGGUGUUUAAGAAUGAUCUAGACGCCAUGAAUGCUUGGCAUCUUGAUGGUUUCGGCUUCUACGUUGUUGGCUUUGGGGAAGGAGAAUGGUCGCCUAAGUCUCGCAGUAGAUACAAUCUUUUCGACCCUGUCGUUCGUUCAACCGUUCAGGUGUAUCCAAGAAGAUGGAGUGCAGUUUAUGCAUAUCUUGACAACCCAGGGACGUGGAACUUGAGAUCACAACUCUUGAAAAAUUGGUACCUAGGCCAAGAACUCUACCUAAGAGUUUUCGAUGCUGAUCCUGACCCUGCCAAGGAGCGCCCGCCACCAGAUAACAUUCUUCUUUGUGGAAAGUUGGAAAUUAUAGCACCGGCCCCUACACCCGCAGGGUCGGCUAGUACUGCACCGUCUCCACAAAUACAAAUAGCAUGGUAA